AUGAGCACCGCAACCACUACAUCUACACCAGCACAAAAUGUUGAUCUUUCAAAACAUCCAUCUGGUAUUAUUCCAACCCUCCAAAAUAUAGUUUCAACAGUAAAUAUGGCAACAGAAUUAGAUUUAAAAGCAAUUGCAUUGGGAGCAAGAAAUGCAGAAUAUAAUCCAAAACGUUUUGCAGCAGUUAUUAUGAGAAUUAGAGAACCAAAGACAACAGCAUUAAUUUUCAAGAGUGGUAAAAUGGUUUGCACUGGAGCAAAAUCUGAAGAUGCAAGUAGAUUUGCUGCAAGAAAAUAUGCAAGAAUCAUUCAAAAAUUGGAUUUCCCUGCAAGAUUUACAGAUUUUAAGAUUCAAAAUAUCGUUGGAUCUUGUGAUGUCAAAUUCCCAAUCAAAUUAGAACUCUUACAUAAUGCACAUACAUCUUUCACCAAUUAUGAACCUGAAAUCUUUCCUGGUUUAAUCUAUAAAAUGAUUCAACCUAAAGUAGUUUUAUUGAUUUUUGUCUCUGGCAAAAUCGUCUUGACUGGUGCUAAAGUUCGUGAAGAGAUUUAUGAAGCUUUUGAAAAUAUUUAUCCUGUACUUUCCGCCUUUAAAAAAGUUAAUGCAAUUACUCAAUAA